UGAUCAGGUUCUUUCACUUGAGAUAGUGCUAAUUGAGUUUUCAGGGCUUGUUUAGUUGAGUUAAAUACACCUUCCUUUUUUAUUUCAUGAUUUCAAAUGCACCUUGUUUUCUCCAUAUUCAGGUCAAAUGAGUAGUUUGAUAUUUUCCUGAUUAAGGAAUUUUUACAGGAACCCUAAAACUAUGACAGUGUGCCUAAACUCUCUCUUGAGACAUCAGUCCGCCUUCAGCAUUGAUAAUCUUUUAUUUAUAUAGAGUUCUCAGAAUUAUUUCGUUUUAUUAUCAUUCUCAUAAUCAUAGUUGAGCUUAGUAGCCUAAUCUCUCACCCUUUCAACUUUUGUCUGGAAUUAUUCAAAAUUUAUCUCUUUUCUUCCAAUCAUCGUUAGAAUCUUAAGCUUCACAGAAUUUUUUGCUUUCUUAGAACAAAUGGGAUUUAACUCUAAAUUUUUUAGAAUUAAGUCAAGUUAUUAUAAAGAAAGAGAUAUCAUAUUUGACUUUGGAAGAGCCAAGUCAUUCCUUUUAAUAUUUAGAUCUCAAAACAUCUUAUCUCGAUUAUUUUCUAGGAUUCAUCUAACAAGCCUCAGAACUUUAUGUGCUCAACUAAGUUACCUAAUGCUACAUUUGGAGAUCAAAACAUAAAUUCCCUAAAAACAUUCCUGUUUUGUAUCCUCUCAAUUUAAUUACUAGACAAAUAAUCAGCAGCUUGAAUUUCAUUCAAAAGGAGCUUAAUUAGAUUCUCAAUCCUGAGCCCAUCGACAUAUGAAAAAAUUCAGAAAAUUACUUCAAAAUCUCCAAGAACCAACGGAGCAUGAGUUAUCUCUUUGCUCUCUAAUAACUUCAGCUAAGAAAUUCCCGGAGUGUCAAAAAGAAAUGACAGAAAUAUGAUCCUUUGACUGUUGAAAGGUAGCAGGUUGUAGCUUUCAAUCUAGCUUUGACAUCUAGUCUACCAAUAUUAUAAUCCACAGUUCUUAUGAAGAAAGUAAAUUAACAAAAGUUUUAAGAAUUGGGCGAAUUUAUCAAAAACAGAUCUUGUAGGUUUGUUAUGACAGAUCUACUUAUGAGUGCUAUCAACCAAGUACUGCACUUUUGAUGCCCAUUAAACUAUACUAGUUUGCUUUUAUAUAGCAAGGUAGAUAUAACUUCAGAAUAUUUAAACCCAAUAAGUUCUUUCACAGAAGGACGUU